AUGCUGAAUCCGCUCUACAUGCAGCAUCGGGCUUCUAGCCCAGGUAGCGUGGGCCCACCUAGCUCACCUCCAUCCCUACAUAACCUCAAAGACAUUGAGGAACUUAGUGCGGAGCGGUUGACUCUGUAUGGCAACGGUGGUGGAAGCGGUAUCGGUGCAGCAGAUGGAGAAGAAGGGUUGGAUCAUGUGGAAGAUGAGCAGGAAAACAAAUUAAAUCAGAGAAAAUCUCGUUGGAAAAGAAAUCUUCGGAUAGCUCUUCCUCACGUUGGUUUAGUGAUCCUCUCCGCUGCUUACACUCUUCUCGGAGCAACCAUAUUCUACCACUAUGAAAAACCGUUCGAAGAACAGUUACGUAAUGAAACCGCACAUCGCGUACAACGAAUUAAAAAAGGAAUCAUCGAUCAAUUAUGGCAAAUGCACGGAAACGGCACACCGUUUCAUGUGUGGGAAGACACAGCUCAUCGAGGGAUGAAUUCGAUAAUUCGUGAUGUAUUCGUUGAUUAUACACGUAACUAUAUGACACCAGAUGACGUCAUCACGGGUACAGGACCCUUUAAGUGGUCUUUUGAGUCAUCUAUAUUCUUUUCUUGGACGGCAAUUACAACUAUUGGUUACGGACACAUCGUUCCGAGAACUAAUGCUGGCCGUAUUGCCAUCAUUUUUUAUGCCUUAUUUGGAAUUCCUCUCAUACUUGUUACAAUAGCUGAUAUGGGACGUUUCUUAUCAGGAGGUAUUAUCUGGGUUCACAACACUUAUCGAAAUUUCAUGGAUAGCUGUUAUGCCCAAUGUUGGAAAUGCAUCAAAUGCUUAUGUUGUCGAUUCAAACGAAGACCUCGAAAAACAAUUAUGCCAACGAUUGAAUUAUUACAACGACAACAACGCUUGUACAACAGCAAGAAACGAUUAAAGCGACAACAGCGUGACAAUAUUUCAGAUGCUGGAACGUUCGAAGACAUAUCAGAAAUUCAUACUCAAAAUAGUGAAGGAGCUUCUCAUAGUGAUGACACUCGAGCUCAGGCUGAAGAAGUUGAUAUUGAACCUCCUCAUCAUGAACGUCGUGUAUCCGUUGUUUUCAUUUUGGUCAUUAUGUUAGGUUAUGUAGCGGGUGGUGCGUAUCUCAUUCGAUAUUGGGAGUCUUGGACUUUCUUCGAUGCUUUCUAUUUUUGUUUUGUAACUGUUACAACAAUCGGAUUUGGUGAUAUUGUGCCUCUUAACGUGGAUUUCUUCCCAGCAACACUAGCAUAUAUCAUUCUUGGCCUCAUUAUAACAACGAUGUGUAUCGAUUUAGUUGGAUCUGAAUACAUUAGAGAUAUUCAUUUUUACGGUCGAAGUCUUGGACGAUCAUUCAUGACUAUUGGUGGAAAGGUUGUACACUUGGGUGAAGUAUUCGGAUAUGUGGCUUUUCUACAAAAGAAUUAUGGAUUAACGCCAGAGCAACUAAACAAAUUGGCACAAUUGCCGGAAGAAUAUCUACUGGACUGCCUCAUCAAUGGAAGACAACCAGAUUUGAAUUGGAUUGGCGGACGACCGUACGUGCCUCCCGAUAUAUACUAUUUCAAGUGGAUUGAACAUCCUCGUACACUAUCAUUUGCAUCAGAUCGUGUAUUGGCCAGUAUGGAGAGUUUAGAUCUUAAUACAAGCCGAUGUUCUACAGCUCGAACAUUAACUCCUCGUGAAUAUUAUCAGAAGAUCUUAUUCCAAUAUUGUAAAUCAAUACAACCAGAUGACAAUAUGGAUAUGGUUAAUCAAGGAAUGAGCUAA